AUGUGUCACAAGUGUUCAUUUUGUAUAGCAGUUCGACAACAAUUUGGAGAACAGACUCAAAAUAGAUGCUCCGCGUAUUCCGCAGCUGUUCAAAAUCCAGGCGGCUGGUUCUCCAGCCAUUCGUCCACAGUCACGCUCCACAUCUGUCACCCAGCUGUUCAUCUGACAAUUCCGAAUGCUCCUAUUCUGAGUCUAGGCUUCAAUUGUCAAGCCUAA